AGCUGCAGGCUCCCUUCUCUCUCCCUGGUCCCCGCUCCGCGCAGGCGCGUUGCCUCCUCUGUGCGCUGUGCUGUUUGCAUUGUGUCUGAACUGCCGGCGAGCUUUAAAAAAUAUUAUACCCACCACGGCAAUGUCGGGCAGGUCGGUCCGCGCGGAGACCCGGAGCAGGGCAAAAGAUGACAUCAAGCGGGUUAUGGCCGCGAUCGAGAAAGUACGAAAAUGGGAAAAGAAAUGGGUGACUGUUGGAGACACAUCUCUGCGUAUCUACAAGUGGGUCCCAGUAACGGAACCCAAGUCAGCAGAAGAUAAAAGCAAAAAUAAGAAGAAGGGCAAAGACGAGAAGUAUGGCUCGGAGCUCACCACGCCGGAGAACAGUUCGUCCCCCGGCAUGAUGGACAUCCAUGACGACAACAGCAACCAGAGCUCCAUCGCGGACUCGUCUCCGGUCAAGCAGGAGAACAGCUGCAGCACCAGCCCCGCACCAGACGCCAGCACCCUCUCCUCCCACCGCGACAGCGACGCCAAGACUGACCAGAGCCCCGACAGCAAGAGAGGGAAGAGCCUGCCGUCAUCAGACAGUUCGGAGCGGGCGGCCAGUGUAAAGAGGGACGGCGCGGCUACGGACGAGAAGCACUCCCCAGACAGCAAAGCCUCUCAGGACCUGGAGGAGGAAGCCCCGCCCACUAAGAAGACCAAGCAGGAGUCUCCACCGCAGGACUUUGAGGAGAGCUAGAUGACUCUUCAGCGGGUCUACCACCCCUCCCUUUCUAAACGUCCUCCAUUAACUCUCUUUCUUUCUUUCUUUCUUUCUUUCUUUCUUUCUUUCUUUCUUUCCCCCCUUUUCCACCUGAACAACUCGGGAGAGAAUCUCUCCUCGUGUUCUGCUGUUUCCUCUCCCCCCCUCCACCUAUAUCCCCCAUCACCACAACACCCACCCGGAUGGAUAAUACCUCUACUGCCCACUCACCC